UUUUCUGCAUUAGAUUGAAGAAAUGGAAGCUUCAAUGAAGAACAUUUGCCUUGUAGCUAUCCUUGUCAUUCUAGGUGUUGCUCAGUUGGAGGGAGCUUAUGGGGCUGGUGAGUGUGGAAAAUCCUCCCCUGACAAUGAGGCGUGGAAGCUGGUUCCGUGUGCAUCGGCAGCACAAGAUGAGAAUGCUGCAGUUUCAGCCAAGUGCUGCAGUCAGGUAAAGAGGAUAGGUCAGAACCCAAGCUGCCUAUGCGCCGUGAUGCUUUCUAAUACUGCUAAGAGCUCAGGAGUGAAACCAGAAGUUGCUGUUACCAUUCCAAAACGUUGUAACAUUCCUGAUCGUCCUAUUGGCUACAAGUGUGGAGCUUAUACAUUACCCUGAAGAGUGAAGACUGUCCAAGAAUUGCUGAAGACUGUAUCACACAUUCACACUACCAUCUCAGUAACUACUUCAUGUUUUUUACUAUGAUAUCCAGACACCUGAAAUAAUAAAUAAUAGUGUUUGUGUUCAAGUUUA